UCUCAGUUCACUUUAGUACGCCUCUCCAACUGGUUUGUUUUGUUUAUCACCCUCAACUAUGGACCAAGAUAUCAUGCAAGCCAUACUGCAAAGUAUGGAACCUGGAGCAUCCACCAACCCACUGUUACUUGAAGAGUGCAACCAAGUGUCACUUCUUCACAAGGCGAUCAAACUGCAGCACGAAAAAAAGUCCGAAAUUGUGCAAUUUCUCAUCGAAUCCAGCCUGGUAGAGUGCGAUCAACGCGAUGCGGACGGCAAAACAGCGACGGAGGUGGUUCUCACGCAGCUGGGUGAUCGUGAACUUGCCAAGGCGAUGGUGAGCGCUGAGUUGGUGAACCUGUCCGAUGAACGUAGCUUCUACGUCAUGAUACGGCGUGGUUCGGUGCCGGUCUACAAGCUGUUUCUGGAGUGCAAAAGCUUCGACGGAGAGCAGAUAUUUCGCAGAGUGUCGAACGCGAUGAUCGAGUUGAACGCGAGGCGGGUUCCUAUCACGAUGGAAAUGGAAGUGUUUGUGCAGUAUCAGUUGACGCGUUUUGCCCAUAACAAUUUGUACGGGGAUGUUGGGGGAGUGAAGGAUCCAAACGAGUGGCGAACGCACUUUGCAGUGAUUGAAGAUCAUUGGCAGGCGUUGAAGAAGAAAUUCGGCGAUCGAAACUAUGCCAACGUUGACAACGAAUUUCUGUUCAGGAUCAAGGCGAUUCACAACCAUCUCUUUUUUGUAAAAGACAAGCGAUUCUUGAAGCACUUACCAGUUAUGGAAGCUACGUUUUGUCUAGCAAUUUUGGUGUCAAUUUUUGAGUGUGGUACCGAGUACGAAUUGUUCAAGUUUCUUAUCAAUAAGAUAAACAUGAUGCAGUACUUGGAGACAAUCUGUCGGCAACUGAAACUUGUGAAAGCCUAUCUAGACAAGCUGAAUGAACACAUGAACACAUUAGUGAGUGCGGUUCCCAAAGAUGAAGUGCCAUCGAAAGAACAGCUGUACGAGACAUGGACUAGCAUGAAUACUUCGAUGAAUCUCCAGGAAAAUAUCAUAAAUAGACUGAUAAGCGGACUGAAGAAAAAAGUAGAUCCAAACAUUUUUGUAAGUGAGAUUAUAGCAAGUGAAAUUAGUCAAGUUUCGGUCAACGUUAGCAGUAGAGACGGAUCAGUGUUACACAACCUCAAACGCAAUUAUUUCAGAGCCAAACAGCUCUAUUCAAUACAAAAGUGCCUGUUUCAUAUCGAAGGGAUAGCCGAAUGUCGCAAGUGUAAUGAUUCAAAAUAUCUAACGGUGCCAGCAGUCAAACGAUUGAUUCAAGUGAUUGGGGAAUCAAUCAAAAGCACCAAAAACUCCCCAAAUGUGCCUAAAGUAGUCGGAAAAAUCCUCAACACCAUGCUGACUGCCCUUUUCCCGGACACCAACAAGUAUUUUCGGGAAUUUUUCUCACACAAGUACCCGCUGGCGAAACGGUUCCUAUCCAACUCUACCGAGGCCAACCUGUUCCAUGCGAUUGCCACCCACAGCGAGUACACCGGGAUGAUAUUCGCAAUAAUAUUCAUUUGUACUUUGCUGAAUGUCAGUCGAACCCUUCUCGGGACAAUGCGAAGAUGCAGAGAUACUGCUGAACUACAAUCGUUAUUGCAAUAUGUUUCAAUUUUAACACUGCCUGAAGUUGGACAAAUGCAAUUUUUCGACAAGAUUAUGAGAAAGUUUAAAGAAAUGGAACAAACUAUAAACGCGACUGAAAUCCAUACAGUUGAAGAUCAAGACAGUGUGAAGUUCUUGCUAAAAGAUUUGCAGCGUAAAACCGGUGUAAUUGACGUUCUAAGAAAAAGCUUAUUGCGGAAUUGGCAUUUCAACUUCCUGGACAUCAAAGACGCUUGUUUAGCAAAGGCAUCGAUCUCCAAGAUUCAUCGUAUCAUUGAUUGGAAUUUGUCGUUGUCGGAGCAGAAAGAAGUCUACCAGAUUAUUUAUAAUCAAUGGAUGGAUAAUCACGUAACCCUCAGCUCGCUGCAUCCUCGCAACACCAAGCUGCUUAAUAUGGAUGGAACGGUAUUGUCAGGAGUUUUGGCCAACAUCGAACGUAAGCUGGUGGCGAUCAAAGACGAAGAAUGUAUUGAAAACACUCGAGGGAUUUUAGUAAAGCUUGGAGUAAGCAAUCCUACGAAGGAAAUGGUCGAACAUUUUCACAAACAGCUAUUAAAGUACUACGAAGAUAUCUUCUUUAUUGACAACAAGUUUAUGGCUAUCAGAAAAUUCUUCAAAUCAAAUAAACUACCCCUGAAUGAAGAAGCCCUUAAGGUGAUGAGAUCUCGCGAUGAGCAAGAUCUUCAGGACAUUUUCAACAAACGAGUUGAGGCUAUAAGAACCAUUCUCAAUGGUGCAGGAAUUUUAUCUAUUGAGGAUCUUUCAACAAAGGUGCGAAGUAUUCCGAAUCAUGUACUGAUGGCGCUGGAACUAUACCAAUUGGAGUUGUGUGAGAUGCUAAUUACGGUUGGUUACUACGGUGACAAUUUCCAGCUUCUAAAGCAUCGGAUUCCACUGAUUUAUGGAAGAAACUAUCGAAACUUCCUAGCACACGAUUCCCUCUCGUACAAUGUGCUAACGGAUAGCUCGCGUGUGAAGAUAGCUGUGAAUGCUUUGGUUUUCAUUGAAUCAAAUAUGAGGUUGUUCAAACAGAACGUUAAACCAAAAUCGAAUGAGUUCACAUUCCCUAGCGAGACUGUGGUAUUGAGUUGGACUUUGGAGCAGGUGUCCCUAGUGGAGAGCAUACAAUCUGAUGGAUGGAAUUCCAUUAAAUCAACAGAUCUGUUUGGACGUCACUGUGGAACAGUUGGUACAGUUCAACCACUUAGUUCGGACAUGACCAGCAUUGAGUUCGCCAAUCCGAAUCUGGAAAGUUUCCAAAAACUACUUGCAUUUUUCGCCGCAAAAAUAUCUGAGAACACUUCAAAGAUAACUACUCUGGGAUAUAGAGUUUGGUAUGCACUGCAGCUUGGAAAUUACGAAGAAGCAUUCAACCUCUUCAAGCAAUCCCAACCGGUUCGGAAUUCUAAGCUGCCUCAAGAGUUUUUCUCCUGGGACCUCAUUGUGGACUAUCUGCUAACAGAAAUGUCCGAUUGGGAUGAGAGGGAUGCUCUGGGAAGGACCGUACUGCAUCGUUUGAUUCAAGCUGGAAAUCGGGAAAGAGUUUCACUUUUGCUGGAAAUCAUGCCGGACAUCGAUGUUAAUGCUGCUGAUAGGAAAGAGCGCACACCUUUGGAUUACGCCAUCGAUUACGGAUGCUCGGAAUGUGUUCAGCUGCUGCUCUCUAGAAAUGCUGCGGUUUCCAGCACAAAUCAACAGUCGGGGAUUGUCUUUCACAUGAAUGACAGUUUGGUGCGCUUGUUUGCCGGAUUCAGUGAGGAGUUGCUUACUUCUCAAGCGUAUGUUAAUACAGCAGUUCGUUCGAACAAUCUCACUGCAUUGAAGUUUUUGAUAGAUAAAUUCUACAAUGACUCACACAAGAAUCUCCGUGCUGAACAUCUGAAUUCUUCUCUUGGAUUGGCGGCUUAUCUAAAUCAUUACUCCAUUGUAGAGUACCUAUCAUCUAUACCAGAUGUGAACUAUUUUUCCGAUGAAUUUAAGAUGAACGGAAACUUUGCAUUGCAUCAUGCUAUCAAUAGGAAUCACAAAAAGGUUGUGAAACUCUUACUUGAUAUGGGAGCAUCCCCAAACUGGAUCAAUGUCCAUUCUACACAGAAUCUAAACACUGCGUUUCAACUGGCUGUCAACAUAAACAACCAGAAGAUGAUAAAAAUGAUGCAAGACAUAGAUCAGUAUCUCUACCUUAGUAAUACCAACCUAAAGCAUCCCGUUCAAUGUGCCAUGCAGCAUAACUCACCGAAGCUGGUUCGUUGCCUUGGAAAAUUCGGUUUCUCACUGCUAAACACAGGUCGAAUUUUACAGAAUGCAAUUCAACGUGAUAAUACAACUAUGAUCGAUGCGAUCUUACGAGAACUGGAUUUAGCUUCAGUAUCGAAUAAGUCUUUGGCAGAUCCAGUUCUUCGUGACGUAGGUGAACUACUGACUCGUUGGAAAACGAUGGCUUAUCUUGAGGAACCUAAUGGAAAUCCGGGUCGUGAAACGAGCAUUGCUAUUGCAGUGCUGAAAGGAAACCUAACACUGCUCACAACGCUCGUGGAUCGAUGCGUUGCGGUUCGUAGCUUUGGAGAUUCAUACCUGCAUAGCAUAACUGUUUAUAAAAAUCGCAAACAGAUCAAUUCUUAUUUCUGCGAGGACAUGCUUGAAAAGCGAUUUCUUCUGUCAGAAUGUGAUAAGCUGUUGUCUACGCUGAAGAAGUGUUCAAAUCAGAAGUGCGUUGGAUCAACCAUACAGAUAACAUUCAGGAAUGAAUCGGAUGAAUUCAAUGUGAAUGGAACGUUCAGAGUGUUCAUGGAUAGUGAUUUAUUCUCAGAAAUUAUGCCGGUGACAAUUCGCGAGUCCUUCGAGAAUGACCUAGAUAAAGCGAAUCUCAGUGAAACGUGCUUCAAGCUAAUAUUGGAUCAUUUGAAGAAUCUCAACUGUAACAUCUACGGAUCAUUUCAAAAGCAUUUCUUCAUUAUCUGUGGUGAAUCCGCCUACCUUCUACAAACAGUUGAUUCACAACAAACCUUCCCUUUGAAAGCUCUGGUGAAUUUUGGAUCCUCUGAUGGAGAAACCCCACUGCAUAACUGCUACGGAGCAGAUCGUCUUGACAUAGUCAGACUACUAAUCUUUCACGGGGGCAAUCCUUUAGCUAUCAAUACAGUCGGACAGACUCCACUGCACUUAACCUUAACCGACAAAGAUGUCGAAAAAGCCAUGUACCUAUUGAAGCUCUGCGUCGACCAGGAUCUUCGAUCUCCGGACGGAACACCAGCGGCUGAACUUCCUAACGGGUUAGGGUUUCGCCCGCUUCACCUGGCGGCGAUGACGUGCAAACUAGAAGUGGUUCGAUUUCUAAUCGAUCACUGCAAUGUCGAUCUACGAGCUAAGGACGCGAUUGAAAGAGUGCCCGUGAUCUAUGCCCUGGCUGGUCCUCAUAUGGCGAUAUUGAAACUGCUGUUGGAGCGUGAUCCCGCAGCGAUCAACAUACCGGACAAUCGUGGCCAGACGACGGUGCACUACUCGGCGGUACGUUGCAACGUGGAUGUGAUCGCAAUGAUGCUGCCGUACGGCGUGGAUCUGUUCUUGUCGGACAAGAAUGGGGCUAAUCCGGUACAAGUGGCUAUGGAGAGCAAAAGUCUCGAGUGGUUGAAGGUAGUGUUCGACUAUGCAAGAUCGCAGAAGAUCGUUGGACUUCUAAAACAUUUAGGAGAAGCAGGUAUUCCUGCACUGCAUUUUACGCUUCUUUUUUCGGAACCUGAGUUGAGCACAUUAGUCGUAGAGUACGAAAUUGACGCAUCUUUAAAUGAAACUCUUUCAUUAGAAAGUCUUGAAAAAAUGAAACUAUUGUUGACAGCUCGAACGGCGGACGAGGGCUACACUCCACUGCACGUGGGGACCACGCUGGGCUUGGAAAAAUCGAUAAAGUUCGUUCUAAAGUGUCAAAACUUGUACAAUCAACAUUCGGGUGAGAAACUCAACUUGGUCACCGAUCUGUUUGACUUGAGCGGAAGAACUCCGCUGGACUAUGCUUUGGAAAUGGGUAAUGAAUCGUUGAUCAAUGUGCUUCUGGAAAACUAAUAAAUCCGGUUUGUUUGUA